CGCUCUCUCUUCCCAAAAAGCAGCCCGCGUGGUCCACGCGCCAAAACCUCAAUCGAAGCUUCCGAUUUGGAAUUCUUAAUCACUUCUUCAACCCUCCUUUCUCUAUCCAACACCUUCGAUUUGAGCUUCAAUGGCGAAGAGCAGCCCGUUGAGAUGGGCCAAAACCAUCUUCUUUUUGAUAUCCAUGACGGCGUCCCUCCUCCUUGUCUGCGCGCCGCCGCUGCUCGUCGCUAUUCUCGACUUUGUUCUUCCUUCAGCUUUGCUCUCUGCUGCGUCUAAUCCGCCGUUGUCUCUUUACUUCGUCUUCUCCCAAUUGCGGAAUUUCGAUUUCAGCAUCACGCUUGUUGAUGUGCCUCUUGUGUCCAUCGCUAGAUCCUUUCUAAUUCUCUGUGUUUACUCUGUUUGGGAUGGGAAAGGCCCAUACUUGGGGAUUGCCAUGGCCAGCAAUUUGAUUUCUUUUGCUUAUGUGUUGUUCAAGACUGUGGCUUUCUAUGGAGUGGCUUCCAUGGAGAUCACUGGGAGCAGAGAGGGGCGCCUGAUUGAAGCUCUGUUUCUGAGCUCACUGGCAUUAGCCAUGGCGCAUAUUGUUGUCGCCUAUCGGACCAAUUGCAGGGAGAGAAGGAAGCUUCUUGUGUACAGGAUCAGACAUAGAAGCAGUACAGGUACCGAGUUACAAGGGUGAUUUUGUUAGUCAUCAAAAGCUUGCACUGCAUAGAUGAGUUUGUAUGAACAUAGUAGGAAGAGUCCUACCAAUGGUACAUUGGUUUAGAGAUUCAGAUUGAGGUAACUGAACUGAUGAUGACUCCAUCACAUCCAAUGUGAAGACAUUUUCGGGAAUCUUUUAGCUCGAUCAAAAUAAAAUUUUCGCAUGCUUCAAAACAUGUACAUGUAGAUUAUAGAAAUUGUGUUACUAAUUCUUUGUUCUAUGACACAUGUACAUAUAUAUUCAUACAAGAGAAAUUCAAGCAGUCAUUUUUCUUUUAAAGUUCGAUUGCUGAUGUAUGUACAUAAGAGAAGUUUGUUGAACAGACCGUUUUCAGAAAGGAAUUGCAGGUUGA